AUGGCCGCAAAGCGAACACACGACCUCAUCAAUGAGGCCCUCAAACACAUUGGGCCCCGAACCUCAAAGAAGCAAAGGAUGUCGCGUGUAAGCAAUGAGGCUCGCAUCGCCCUAGAAAACAUUGAAGACCAAGGGAAGGUUAUUCCGCAACUUGUUGAUGUGUAUAGGCACCCUCGAGAGCUACUUUGUCAGGGGUAUGAACUACACCUCGCAGAACAAGAGCCACGUGUAGUUACCAGUGGAGCCCAACUUGCCAUUGAGGUUGUGACGGAGAACAAGCUUCUCCUCUAUUCAUACAAGAAGAUAAUCAGCCGGCUACCACUGUUGCCGGAGAUCAUCUUGGAGUUUCGUAACGCAGACUGGGACAAAUGGCAAGACAUGGUGGGCUUGAUUGCCCACGCAACUAGUCAAACACGAUCCAACGACUCAUCUGGCCUUCGUGACAAGCUUGAAUACUUCAUUGUUCCGCGAGAACUUAACAUGAAGGUAGCCCGUGGGUGGAACCAUCAGUGGACAGCAGAAUUACUGUGCCCGCAACGAUAUCGCAACAAAUUCCUCAAAGAUCCCUGCGCACUCAUGCUCAAGGCUCAAAAGGGAUCGGGCAAGAUGCAACACCACACCGACUGGCCUGCAUUCCUUUACGAUGCUACGGAGUAUGACAAGACCAACCCAGAGUCCGGGUUGUUCAAGAACCGGGCUCUUGUCCUCAUCCUUCGACAUAUCCUUGUCGGCCCAAGUGCUGUAAAGUCAAACACACGAUCAACCUUACCCCGGCGCUGCAAUGCUAGCAUUCUAGGUAUUUCGGACAUCAAUGGUCAUCUCAUCGCUUAUGCAGCCUGCCAGGCUCGCUUUAUGCUAAAUGCACAGACAGACUGGACACGAAUGGACGGCAAGUUCGACAGCUCUGCUUUCUACGACCGUAUCACACAUUACUUCAAGACCGGUGUUGAACAAGGUGAUGCAAACGUAAACGAGCUACUUAAGUGGUAUCAAAGUGAGGUGUUCAGCGGUUCGGGUCUUUCGCAAGAAGAUGAAGAUUCGGACAGCGACGACGAUGAAUCGGACGACGAGGAUGAGGAUGCCCUAAUCCAACGACAACGCGAACUCCGGCAAUCACGGGGCACUAACACUGGAGAGGCUCCCACUGGUGCUACAGGCAACACAGGAGAGGCUGCCUCUGGUUCUACAGGCAACGCUGGAGGGACCAAUGCUGGAACCAUAGAUGACACUAGUGCUGGAUCCUCGGGCGCCACUGGACCCGCAACUUAG